UCAUAGGCACCUCUUUCAUUCUUUAUCUGAACUUCGCUCCUCUAUCUGUAAUCAAAUCUCAAAAUGUAUUUACAAAAGUUCAAUGCACCCGUUGCUUACCUCUUGCUAUCUUUCCUUUUCGUUUUCUUUUCGUCAUCGUCUGCAUAUAACAUCACGGACGUUCUCAGCAAGUACCCUGAUUUCAGCAUCUUCAACGACUACCUCACCAAAACCGAAGUUAGCAACCAAAUCAAUGAGCACAGAAUUAUGACCGUCUUAGUUGUCAAUAAUGCUGCAAUGUCCUCUUUAGCAGGAAAAUCAAUGGACGUGAUCAACAAGGUUAUACGCAUCCACGUGUUUCUGGAAUCCUAUACCCUUAACAAGUUCAAGAGCUUGCCUACAUCACAGACCACCCAAGUGACCACACUGUUCGAAUCUCCUGACCAACAACGCUACUUGAACAUCACAAAUGGGGGCUCUGUCUCAAUUGUUUCUGCUGCCGGUUCUGAAAAAGUAGAGGUAGUUCGAGACAUUUCUCCUGAUGACAUUUAUAGGAUAUCAGUGGUGCAAGUUAGCAAUCUAAUUAUGCCUUCAAGCUUAAGUAGUUCACCGUCUCCAUCAGCAUUUUCACCAACUUCAACACCUCAUCCAUCAUCACCUUCUCCAGCCCCGUCACCUUCUUCAUCAUCUUCUCCAUCAACUACUUCUCCAUCCCCUUCAUCAUCCAUGUUUAACAUCACCCAAAUUCUAAACAAGUACCCAGAAUUCAGUAUCUUCAACGACUACCUGACCCGAACACAAGUUUGUAACCAGAUCAAUGAACGCAGAACCCUUACGAUCCUAGUGCCCAAUAAUGAAGCCAUGUACUCUUUAGUAGGACAACCAAUGGACAUGAUUAGAAAGGUGCUAAACACCCAAGUUGUACUGGACUACUAUACCAUCUCGAAGUUCCACAACUUGCCUGUUUCGCAGUCAACUCGAAUAAUCACACUACUUGAAGCUUCUGAUAAACCAAGUGGCCAACAGGGUUUCGUGAAUGUCACAAAUGGUGACACAAUCUCGAUUGUUUCAGCUGCUGGUUCUGACCAAGCAACAGUAGUUCGAGAUAUUGCUUCUGAUGAAAAUUAUUAUAUAUCGGUGGUGCAAAUUAGCAAGAUAAUAAUGCCCUCAGGCUUAAAUUCACCAUCUUCAUCACCUUCUCCAUCAGUACCUUCACCUUCUCCAUCAGUACCUUCACCUUCUUCGUCAGUACCUUCACCUUCUCCAUCAUCUCCUCUUUCAUCACCUACUUCAUCAACUCUCAAUAUAACCAAAAUUCUAAACGACUAUCCAGAUUUCAACCAAUUCAAUAGUUACCUGACCGACACCCAAGUUUGUGACCAGAUUAAUGUACGCAGAUCCAUCACAGUCUUUGUGGUCAACAACGCUGCCAUGUCCUAUUUAGUUGGAAAAUCCAACCAGGUUAAGAAAAGGUUACUAAGCCUUCACGUUGUUACGGACUACUAUACCUUUGAUAAGUUUAAAAGCUUCCCUAACUCCCAAACCACUCAACUGACAACAUUGCUCCAAGAUACUUUCCAAUCGAUUGGCUUUGAAGGUUUGUUGAAUGCCACAAAUGGGGACACAGUCUCGAUUGUUUCUGCUGCUGGCUCUGAGAAAGCAAAGGUUGUUAAAGAUAUAUUUACGGAGAACUUGAAACUAUCAGUCGUGCAAAUAAGCAAUCUAAUUAUUCCUUCAGACUCGAAUAGUUCACCUUCUUCAUUAGUACCAUCUUCAUCUCCAUUUCCUUCUCCGUCAAUACCAUCUCCAUCUCCUUCAUCUCAUUCUCCAUCAACCUCAACACCAUUUCCUUCCCCUCAUCCUCUACCACCAUCAGGUCAUUUUGACAUCACCAAAAUUCUAAGCGACAACCCAGAUUUUAGCCUCUUCAGCACCUACUUGACUCAAACCCAAGUUGCUAACCAAGUCAAUGAACGGAAAACCAUGACAGUAUUCGUGGUCAACAAUGAUGCAAUGGCCUCUUUAAUCAACAAACCCAUGGAGAUCAAGAAAAAAGUAUUAAGCCUUCAUGUUAUCAUGGACUACUACACUGUCCAAAGUUUCCACAACUUGCCUGCUUCACAGACUAUUCGAAUAAAAACACUGCUCCAAGUUAUUGACCGACCAAGUGGCCUACAAGGCUUGGUGAAUGUUACAAAUGGGGACACAAUCACAAUUGUUUCAACUGCUGGUUCUGACCAAGCAGUGGUUGUUCGAGAUGUUGCUAUUGAUGAACAUUCUUACAUAUCAGUGGUGCAAAUUAGUAAUAUAAUAUUCCCCUCAAGCUUUAUAGCCUCAACCCCCUCGCCUUCUUCAACCCCAGGUAAGGCACGAUCUGCUGCACCAGUCCAGGCUCCAUCUGGCAGCCCUGCACCUGAGGCACCAAAGCAUGGUGAAGCUCCAUCACCAUCAAAUGUAGCACCACCUAACGCACCAAAGCAAGGUGAAGGUCCACCAUCAUCAAAUGCAGCACCACCCAACGCACCAAAACAAGGGGAAACUUCAUCACCAUUAAAUGCAACAUCACCCGUGGAACCAAAGCAAGGGGAAACUCCACCAGCAUCAAAUGCAACGGCACCCGGUGCUCCAAAGCAAAGGGAAACGAUACCAUCAUUAAAUGCAACAGCACCUGAGACACUAAAUCAAGGCGAAGCUCCAUCAAUAAAUGCACCAGCAUCUAAUGUACCACCGAGUUCGGAUGUUGCACCCAGCUCAGAGAGUACUUUACAGGGUACAACAACAGCUGCUCCUGCCCCAUCUGGGAGUCCUGCAAGGUUUUCCGUUGACUGUGUUUUGUUUAUAACUACAAUUUUGGUAACUAUUUAUUCUUUGACUUGCAUCAGACUGACUUGAGGUGCAAGAAAAGUGUGGUUCAUGAUCUUAGAAUAAGGACGAAGAAUCGCAUGGCAAAGCAAACAUGUGAUUGAAAUUUGUUCUUGGUGGAUAAACGAUACACAUAAGCUGCAAAAAAUGUGUGCAGCUCUCAGUUGUAUUGUGUUAAUUAGUUUCUAGAGUUGGAGUUAGUCAUUUUUGUAGUUGAUUGUAUAAAUUUUGGCUUUGUUUUGCAAGAAACAAAGCGCUUUAGCAAUAAAAUUUGUUCAUUGCUUUCCA